AUGUCGGGCUCGGACGAGCGCCAGGCCCGCUCGGUCGCGCUGGAGAGGGCGUACGUGCACGACGUGUACGAGCAGAUCUCGGCCGCCACCCACCUCCCAGGGGAGGCGCCGCGCGGCCGGGCCUGGCCCAAGGUCAAGCAGUUCCUUGCUGAGCUCGAGCCUGGCUCCCUCGUCUGUGACGUAGGUUGUGGAAACGGGAAGUACCUGGGGGUCAACCCCCUGGUGUUCAAGGUGGGGGUCGACCGGUGCUGCAGUCUGGCCGAAGUGGCGCGGGAGAAGGACCACGAGGUGCUGAUGUGCGACAACCUGUCGCUGCCGUUCCGGGACGAGAGCUUCGACGCGGUGCUGUCGGUGGCCGUGGUGCACCACUUCGCCACCACGGAGCGCCGCGUGGGGGCGCUGCGAGAGCUGGCGCGCGUGCUGCGCAUCGGCGGCCGCCUCAUCAUCUCCGUCUGGGCCAUGGAGCAGCGCCACCGCAAGUUCGAGUCCCAGGACGUGCUGGUGCCGUGGCACCGGCCGCAGCAGCUGAGCACGCCCUCGCUGGAGCUGACGUCGACGACGACGACGACGACGUCCGAGGAGGAGGAGGGUCCGCCGCCCUACCACGCCUACACUCAGACCUCGGACAGCGACUCCUGCCGAUCUGCAGGACGAGGUGGCCCUCGGCGGCGCGGCAGGACUCGGCACAAGGGGCGCUCCAUCGACCCCGCGGCGCCCAGCUCCUCGCCCAGCUCCUCUAGCCUCUCCAGCCCCAACGAGACCUGCUACAGCUUCGUCCGCAGGGCGCUACAGAAGCUGGCGGGCGGCAAGCGCAGCGGCUCGAGCAGCCGGCCCUGGUUCCUGGACUCGUGGAGUUCGUGCACCAAAGAGUCGCCGGCGGGCACGGGCCAGCGGUGCUGUGAGGAGUGUGGGCAGCCGGACUGCGCGGGGGCGAACAACGACGCCGCGGAGGACAUCCAGGACCUGCCCAUCGAGCUGCGGCGCCUGGAGGAGGAUGGCAGCGGCAGCGGCAGCGGGGGCGGAGGCGGGCGGCGGCAGACGCUGGCCUGCGCGCGCCGCCCCCACCUCGCGGCCUCCGGAGCCCUCGCCCACCUGCCGCCGCCCCCGCAGCUCAACUACAAGUCCAAGAGCCUCAGCGACAUCCUCACCGUGGGGCAGCGCGGCAUCGUCAGGUCGCGGUCGAGCGUGCCCAGCCUGGCGGCGGGCGACUGCGCGCUGUCGCUGUCGCUGCCCGCGGGCGGCGGGCGGGCCUCCCUGGCCAAGCCGCGUCUCGUCAAGCAGAAGCAGUCGCUGUGCGACGACGAGGCGCGCGAGGAGGCCGAGGAGGGCGAGGACCCCAGCGACCUGCGCGACCUCGUCAAGGCGCUGCCCGAGUUCAAGGUGUCGGCGGGCGGGGUGCGGCGCUGCGGGAACGUGUUCAAGCAGAGCUCGAUGAACGAGGAGCUGAUGAUGUCGACGGAGCGGCUGCGCGAGAAGGAGCGCGUGCGGCAGAACAUCCAGAAGCAGGCGUCGCUCAACGAGGAGCUCAUCUACCGUCGCCACCGCACGCUCGACUCGCUGCGUGACACCUUCUUCUCCACGUCCACCGCCAAGCGCUUCCAGCUGCUCAAGAACGGGCUCACCAGCAAGAUCAAGAGCUCCACCACCGGCAUCGAGAAGGUGGCCGGGUCGUCCUUCAAGAACGGCUUCGUGCGGAUCCUGCAAGGCUGGAAGGGCGGCGAAGCGCGGCAGCAGCAGCCACCGCCCUCCCCCACGCCCGCCUCCGGCUCCUCCUUCGACGCGCUGUCGCCUCGCACGCCGCCCCCGGACUCGAAGAAGAUGGGCGGCGUGAACAACAGCAACUGUUGCGAGGCGUCCAGCCGGCCGGGCGAGCGGCGGCACUCCAGGGAGGACGGCUCCGACUCGUCCAAAGACUCCAGCCUGCAGAGCGACACCAGCGUCGACUCGGAGGACAGCUUCGCGUCCGUCAUCUACGUGCCCAAGCCGAAACCGUCACUGUCGCCGCCGAAGUCCCCACAGCCCGCCUCCCCCAAGCAGCGCCUGCGGCAGGUGCAGGAGAUGCUCCGAACGCGAAUCACGCCUCUGGCGUCGCGAUCAUCAGGCGGGGGCUCGUCGAGGCCCAUGUUCCCGCUGGUGCGGCGAUCGUCGACGGCGGGCACUGGGGCCAGGCCGGAGCCGCUGGCGCGCCCGCUGCCUCGCCUACUCUCGCUGGAGCUCUUCAACCCAGAGACGGACGACAUGGACAGCGACUCCAGCGGCGUCUCCUCCCCGGACUCCGUGAGCUCCGUCAUCAGCGUCCUCACCGAGGAACCCGCCCAGCCGGCAGACGAUGCAGCAGGGGCGGUGCGCAGCAGCGCCGACAGUGCGCCCGCCACCUCCGAGGUGCAUCCCCACCCCCGCACACCGUCGCCGCCCCCGCCGGCGCCCACGCUCCAGCCACCGCCAGCCCCGCCGCCCACGCUCCCCGCAGAGGACGAGCUGGCGGCCCCCGUGGCGGCCGCAGCCGCCUCCCCGUCGUCGCUGAGCCUGCUGGAGGCUGCGGCGGACGUGGCCAGCUCGCUGGAAGACGCGGUCGACGCCGUCAUCCAGUCGAGCCCGCGCGCGCGCCGCCGCAAGCUCGACGACCCGCUGGCGCUGAUCCACGGCUGGGGCGGCGCCGGCGCCGGCGGCAGCGGGGGCGGCAGCAGCGCCACCGGCAGCCGCCGCGUCAGCCCCCGACGCGAGGCGCCUUCCGCCCCCGCCGCCACCGGCUGGCCGGCGGAGGGCGGCGACGAGAGCUGCCGGCAGCACCUGGCGGACUUUGCGGAGAAACUGAGCGAGAAGCUGCUCGAGGAGAUCGACCAGUACCGCGCCGAACGCAGCCGACCCGCGUCUCCACCCCCGCCUCUACCCCCGCGUCCGGGCUCUCCGCCCCCACCGCCGCCCCCGGUGGAGGCGUUCCUGCCCCCUGGCGCGGCCGCCUACAGGGACGACCCCUACCUGUCGCGGCUCAGUGAGGAGCUGCACGACCUCAGCCGGCUCAGCGAAGAGUUACACGAGCGCAACUCCUUCAUCGCCAGCCUCAACGAGAGCUCCGACCGGAGGAUCCUCGAAGAUCUGAAGAACUUCAGCUGGGAGGCGAGCAGGCGGCACCGCUCCGCGACACUCGCGGGCACCCCGGAGGCCGACGGGCGGCGAGAGGGCGCCGCGCCGGAACCGGAGACCCGGCGCCGUGACGGCGGGCCCGUCUCCGAGGACGUGGCGCUCGAGUCCUACUCGAGACAGACGAGCGCCGACCUGACGGACGAGCUGGAGGACGAGGAGGAGGAAUUGCGCUCCGGCCUCUCUCUCGAGUCGAGCAGCGACGCGAGUGACGGGCUGCCCACGGCGAGCACCGCGUCGCUCAGUGACGGCAGCGGGGGCAGGGGGCGUGUCGGGGGGGCGUCUUCGUCCGAGGAGGCGCUGCCGCCCCCGCCGCCCCCGGAAGACCUCCCGAAGACGGAGUCGUGCGCCUCGUCGCUGAGCGGCUCGACGUCGCAGGAGUCGCUGCCGUCGGACGGCGGGGGCGCCAUCACCUUCCACCGCUACUACCACGUGUUCCGCGAGGGCGAGCUGGACCAGCUCAUCGAGCGAUACGUCGAAAACUUGCACAUCAUCUCGUCCUAUUACGACCACGCCAACUGGUGUGUAGUGGCGGAGAAGGUCCAGGUGUGGACUAUCUGA